AUGAUUUCACCUUUAGGCUCUGCUAAAUCUCCAUCCUUGCGAAGCCACACGAGACAGAAUCAUGAUACCGACAUUUCAGUCAAUGAGAUGCUUGAAUCUGGGCGGCCCUACCGCGCUAACGGUAAGCGACAGCCGGUGCCUAGACGACCAUUUUCGCCUGAAGGGAGUGAUCGUGAGGCCAGGACUGCUAGGGAUCCAUGGGCCUUACGCCUCUGCGCCCUAGAACCCUGUCUCCUCGGCUACCGGUGGCUAACAGCUUUUCCUGUAAACACAAAUGGCCAGCAGAUAUCGUCUGCAAACGCUACAACAGUCUCUCCAUCAUCAUCUACUCAAUUGGGGUCCGCUAAAGAGCGGAUGGAAAUGAUGGUUCUCUGGCGCUAA